AUGCUGCCUUUCAAGAGAACAUUUGAGAGCGAAAAACACCAGCUGAAGGAGCUCAACAGCAGACUUGCCAAGUACCUAUCCAGAACCAAGGAGCUGGAACAGGAAAAUGAGCAUCUUAUAGCCGAAAUAAAUAAACUCAGGCAUGUGAAGACGGCGGAAUGGGAGCCGAAGUACAAGGCUGAGCUGCGGGAUUUGAGGAGAAUGGUGGGGCAGAUCUCGUUUGAAAAGUCCCAGGCUGAGAUGGAGAGGGAGAAGCUAUGGCGAGAGUUGCAGAUGGUCCAGUCUCUGUGCAGCGAGCAGACUGAGGUGUGCAGGGAAGUCAGUGGCGAACUGAAAGGCUGCGAAAGUGAGCUUCACCUCGCUCACAAGACCAACAGUGAACUCCAGCAGCGUUUAUUUCAACUAGAAAAAGAGUAUAACGGUUUAGAAAAUGUGCACAAGCAAGAAAUUGACCAUUUACGACGUCAGGUGGAGUCCUGUGUGGUACCCAUCAUUACGCAAAGUUAUCGCGGGCCUCCGACGGCCUCCUUGGAAGAGGUGGAAGAAUAUGCACGCGGACUGUCCGAAGGAUGGAUUGAAACCUUUGAAAUGUACCAACAGAAGGUGGAAGAAAUGGAGCAGUCGAUUCAAGCGGACCAGGCCAGGCUGAGUGACCUGCAGAGGGAAAAGAUGCUGUACGCCUCAGAGUUAGACAAAUUACGCACAGAGGCGGAAAAACAAGGCAAGGUUCAGAUGCAUCUCGAAAAUCAACUGAUGCAUAUGCAGGAAAAAAUCCGUGUGGACUUCAGUGAAUAUCAGAUGAUUAUUGAUCAGCUGGAGCAUGAGAGGAACAUAAUGGCUGACACUAUGGCACAAAAGAUGCGAGAACAUCAGCAUCUUCUUCAGGUCAAAAUGGAUUUGAGCAUGGAGGUGGCUUCCUACAGGGCUCUCCUGGAAGAUAUCAAGAUGCCUUCCCAAACCUACACUCCAAGACCACUCACCUCAAUCAGACAACACAUGGAUAUCAGAUACACACACCCAGUUUCAAACCAGAGGAGAUCUCCUGUGCCUCACUCCGGGUCCAUUAGUCCUUCGAGGGUCAUCCCCAUUUCAGUCACAGCCCGAGCUCAACAUCAGAGUCCCGCAUCCAGAAGGGACAUGAUCUCAUUCACCAAAGCCAGGGCUGCUGCUUCUGCCCCUGCUCCCACUGCUACCAAAGAUAAACAAAUUGGUCAAAAUGCACAGAAAAAAACAGAGGAGAAAUAUGUUAAAAUCACACAGGCCUCUCAAGUAGAGAAUAAAAUCAGUUCCGUCAAGUCCUCUAGUGCUGAUACCACAUCAGUGAGAGUGGUGUCACCACCAAUGAUGAGCCUGAGCAUGAAAACUGAGACAGAGAACAAAAAGAAAGUGCCAGAUGAAAAAGAGAAAGGUGAUGUUUGUGAUGGUGCGUUCAAAGCUAAAUGGGAAACACCAUCUAUGACAGGCCCAAGUGAGAAAAAGGUAUUAGACUCAGUGUCUGUUGAGGAGAUCAUUGAGAAAGUGAUAAAACCGGCUGGUUUGGAAGCUAAAGUUUGCUCCUCUGGAGAAUCAAAGGUAAUCUAUCAUCUGGAGAAAACUGAGCAGGAGGAUGGCACAAUUAAGACACAGAUUGUGCUGGAGUCCAAGGUGGAAGAGGACCUGGAUAUCUCGGAGGAUUCUGCCCUGGAUGAACUACUGGGCCAAGGGGUGAAGAAGGUGUCACUGGAAGACAUCAAGGACACAGCAACAGGAAGCAUGAUCAAAAGCCUGCUGAGUGGCCUACAGGCAGGUGAGAACCUGACAAAUAAGUCUGUCAACGUGGAAAUUAUUGAGGAGCCAGUGGAGUCUUUCAGUGAUGAGGAGCAUGAGGUUGAGCAGAAGUCCAGAUCUAGUUCAACAUAUUUCCAAAUUGAGGAGCUAGAAAAUGUCCCUCAAGUCCAGAGUGAUGAUGCUAUUAAAACCUUAAUGAAAGAGACAGUCCAUUCCCAGGGUGGAUCUGUUCAAGUUCAAGAGAUCUCUAGGGAGAGUGAAUCUCCAUAUUUCUCCCAUGACCAAGAGCCUGAUGAAUACUUUGUCUCCACACCAGAUGACAACCUUUCUGAACCUGAGGAUAGUGGUGGUAUCACCUCAUAUGGCCAUUAUGGUGUUGUGGAUGACCUGUCAGAUGAGAGGUAUUAUCAAGAUGAAAGUCUUCCACCAAAGAGAGUGAUUGUUGAGGAAAGUGACGAAUACAAGUUCAUGUCAGGUGAUCACUCCUUUGUCAAGGAGAGUAUUCCAGAGUGCAUCAUUGAAGAAGAGAUUCGUGUUUCCCCAAUAGUGCAGGAGUCAAUGCUUGAGGUCCUGAGAGGGGACACUAUGGAGCCUAAAGAUCAGCUGAAGGGAGCUUUAGAGAAGUUACAAGGCUCAGUGUCAGGUCCACUGAGAGAGGAGUUGGCUUUCUUCACAAAAGUGAGUGGUGAAAAUCCACAGAAUGUGGCUGUCGAUGUCAAAAAAGUGCAACAGUCGAGUGACAAUGGAACCAUGACUAUUGUGGCAGAGCUGAAUGUCUCUCAAACACUAGAGGAAUCUGGGCUUUUAGACACAGGAGAUGAUCUAUCUGAAGAGCAGAUCAUGGCAGCUCUAAAGUCUUCUAAUGUUGAGAAAGCCUUCCAAGGUGGGGCCGGAGGAGGGUACAGCCUCAGAGUUUCCAAAGAAGAGGAUGCUGCAUAUGGAGAAGAGUUUGAAAGCUUCACUAACAAAGAAGAGUCUGCAUUUGAAAUAAGCGAGAAACAUAUCAAACUAGGGCCAUCAGAGAAGUCCUUCACCUUUCCGAUGGAUGUGCAUGGCAGUCAUGCUGAGGCUGCCUUAGAGCAGGAGCAGCAGUCUAAAUUCUUGGAGACCCCAGUGAAGAGUUCUCAUGAGAAAAGAGUUGCCACAGUUAUCCUUGAAAGCCCAACCGAUGAUUAA